AUGUGUUAUGUUGCUUCGUGCAUGGUGGCCCUGUCCUCCCAGGGGGACUGUUUGGUAUCUAGUGGGCUCGCCCGCCUGGCCCCGCAGGAGGCCUGGGCUGCUCAGUCUGGGCUGGUUUUCCUUACAGGUUACAUAAGGACAGGCUCGGUCUUUCUGGCCCAAACUCAGGACCGGCUGAUCUCCCUGAAGCGCAUCAACUCAAGACUGAACGUCAUAGGUAUCCCUUCUGAGAUCAUCUCCCCCAAGAAAGUCGCCGAACUUCACCCUCUCCUCAACGUGCACGACCUGGUGGGGGCCAUGCAUGUUCCCGAGGAUGCCGUAGUGUCCUCUGCUGACGUGGCUCUUGCCCUGGCAAGUGCUGCCUCCCAAAAUGGUGUUCAGAUCUAUGACCGGACCAGCAUUCUUCAUGUAAUGGUCAAGAAAGGUCAAGUUACUGGUGUGGAGACAGAUAAAGGACAGAUCGAGUGCCAGUAUUUUGUCAACUGUGCUGGUCAGUGGGCAUACGAGCUGGGUCUGUCUAACGAGGAGCCGGUUAGUAUCCCGUUACACGCCUGCGAACACUUCUACGUUCUGACUCGCCCCUUGGAGACCCCUCUGCGGAGCAACACACCGACUAUUGUGGAUGCUGAUGGAAGAAUUUAUAUCCGGAACUGGCAGGGUGGCAUCUUGUUUGGGGGCUUUGAGAAGAACCCGAAGCCAAUCUUCACUGAGGGCAAGAACCAGCUGGAGAUUCAGAAUCUGCAGGAAGACUGGGAUCACUUUGAGCCCCUGCUCAGGCUCUCCUCCCGGUGCAGAUUUGGGAGUGGGCUCUUCCCGUCCCGUGGCAGCACUGGGAAGAGGGAGGCAGUGGGAACUGUGCGGGGAGUUCAUGGCCAGGCCUGGAAGCGGGCUCUUGUCACGGGCCAGGCCGUGGUCGCACGACCCCAGUGUCGCAGCCGAGGAGGCUGUGGGGCGCUGUCUGCUCACCAGCAGGCAGGAGCUGCACUUAGCAGGCCUGUCGAGGGGUGUGUUUGCCAGAAAGGAGGUGCUCUCUGUCCGCCCUUGGGUUGCCUGAGCAAAGGGUUGCUGUCAUGGUCUCAACACCCAGGCCUGGCAGUAAGGGAGCAAGUCCAAAACAGACUUUGCUCUUGGGCUCAGCUGUCACCUGGACUGGCAUCUCUCGUUCUUUUCUGUUUAGCCCUCAAUCUGAUCGGUCCCCGAGCUGUGGAUGUGCUGUCUGAGCUGUCCUACGCCCCUAUGACUCCAGGCCACUUCCCAAGUCUGUUUUGCAAGGAGAUGAGUGUGGGCUACGCGAAUGGCAUCCGGGUGAUGAGCAUGACUCACACAGGAGAGCCGGGAUUCAUGCUUUAUAUCCCCAUAGAGGUGAGCCUCCCGGAGGAAGGCGGCUGGCUUUCCCACGCCUGCUGGGCCCUGGCAGGGUUAGAGAGCCGGAUCGGACCGGGCCUUGGGAAUUGAGAGAGGCUGCAGUAGAGGGACUUCAACAUUUUGAACUAAAUCAUUUCCUUUUUGAAUAGGAAAUACAUUUACACGGUUUAAAAAUCAAAAUCUGUAGGAAGGAUUUAGUGCCACCUGACCAGUUCCCACCAACCACCACUAAUGAUCCAACUCUUAGUUUUUGUAGGUCAUGUCGGAGAUUCUGUGCAUACACAAGCAAGUUCAAAGACACUCCUAACCCUUUUUUAGAAACACAGUUGGAAGCAUACUGAUGUUCUUCUUGAUCUCUUAAUAAUGUAUUGUAGAGCUCCUUCCCAGGCAGUACCUAAAGAGGAGAGCUUCCUCCUCAUUUUUUAUCCGUGGUUAGUAAUCCUUCACCUCGCCGAAUCCUCAUUUACGCCAUCAGUCUGGUACCAAUAGACGUCUGUUUCUGUAGCGCUUUGUAGUGCUUUGCUGGUACAAGCAGCUGUGUGUACGAGUCUUCCCGUGGCGCGUGUGCGUGCGCGUGCGUGCACGUGCGCGCGCCCGCGCCGCUUUCACCGCAGCCGGUAGGUGCGGCGCUCGCACUGCGCUCUGCUGGGUGUGAGAUGAAGCCGUUUCUGAACCCAUUUCCGAGUAAAAGCUCAUCAGUAGCACUGACGCACUCCUGCCUGCCUGCGCCCCAUCCCGUUCUUCUGACCUUAUCCUGCCUCCUCUGCCUCUUGAACACGCUGCUCUCCAGCCCCGGGGGCUUCGCACUCGCUCGCGCCUUCCCUGGCCCGGCCUUCCCCCCGAGAGAGGCUCUCACGGCCGCACCUGCUUCAGGGCUUGUUCACAUGGCAUCUUCCGAGGCGGCCGUACGGGCGCAGCCUCCACCCCACGCCCGGCUCUCCCGCUCCGCUUUCCCUGUGUGGUUUUGCUGCACGGCUUAUCACUGUCUGAUAAAAUGUAUUUUAUUUCGUUCAUCAGAUUACCCUUAUUUAAAUGUAAGUUCUCUGGGGCAGGAAUAUUUAACUUUUAUAUCCCCAGCACCUAGAGAAGUAUUUGGCACAUAGUAAAUGCUUAAUAAAUGUUGCACGGAUGAAUGUUCUGGGCAUACCCUCCGUGCAUUUUUGUAUUGAAUGAUUGGUCUUUUUACCAGUUUCUAGGCAUUGUCUGAAUCAGUCCUUGCUGUUGAGGUGUAUCCCAGUUUGUCAUUUGUCGUCUUUUUUUGAAGAUUUUAUUUAUUUUAGAGUGUGCACAAGGAGGGGACGGGCAGAGGGGGAGAGUGUCUCAGGCCAACUUGGCACUGAGCAGAGAGGCCAAUGUGGGACUUGAUCUCAAAACCCUGAGUUCGUGAUCUGAGCUGAA